AUGUCGGCUCGAUCGCUCGUCUCCAGCUCGCUACUGCGCGCCGUCUCGGCCAGGACCGCCACCUCGAGCGUGCGCGCAUCGGCCGUCCCCAUGGCCCUGCGCGGCUUCGCCUCGUCGGUCGCCCAGUCUUCGGCACGUCCCACGAUCCAGGGCGAUGGCAAGGGUGACCGCGUCAACCCUGCCAGCCCCUUUGCUGAGCCUGCGGGAUCCAACCCCGUCGAGAAGUACAAGGACAUCGCAGGCCCGCUGCACGACUUUGGCUCCUACAUCACUUCUUGCCUGCCCAAGUUCAUCCAGCAGUUCAGUGUGGUCAAGGACGAGCUGACGCUCUACGUUGCGCCAGACGCCGUGGUCCCCACCUUGACGUUCCUGCGCGACCACACGCAGACGCAGUUCCGUGCGUGCAUGGACAUCAGCGGCGCCGACUAUCCCACGCGCUCGCAGCGUUUCGAAGUGGUCUACCACCUGCUUUCUGUGCAGUACAACGCACGCAUUCGCGUCAAGACCUACGCCGACGAGGUGCACCCCGUUCCUUCGGCCACCGCCGUCUUCCGCGCCGCAGACUGGUACGAGCGCGAAAUCUGGGACAUGUUCGGCGUCUUCUUCAUCGGCCACCCAGACCUGCGCCGCAUUCUCACUGACUACGGCUUCGAGGGUCACCCGCUCAGGAAGGACUUCCCGCUCACCGGCUACACCGAGGUCCGAUACGACGAGGAGAAGAAGCGUGUCGUCUCGGAACCGCUCCAGCUCACCCAGGCAUUCAGAAACUUCGAGGCCAACAGCCCUUGGGAGCAGGUGGGCGAGGGUGAGAGCUACAAGCCCAACGAGUUCAAGUUGACCCCGCCCAAGCCAAAGGAGGACGCAAAGGACAAGAAGUAA